AUGCCUCUGCCCAGACGUCGCUCCUCCUUCCUGGGGCAGCCCUCGGCUGCCGAGCGCUCCUCCACCUCCGGCUCCUCCUGCACCAGGAUCGGCUCGGCCGGAAGCACCGGCGGCCCCCGAGGUGUGUUUGUGGGCACUGCCCCCACAGGUGGAGCCUCCAGCCUGGGAACCCGGGUGUCACGCCGCGCCCUGGGCAUCAGUAGUGUGUUCCUGCAGGGUCUGAGGAGCAGCACGGUGCCAGUCCUGCCUCGGGCCGGUGACCGGGCCCAGCACGGUGCAUCUCAGGGCCUCAAUGGCUGCCUGAUGGAGUACAGGGACAAGGUCCGUGCGCUAGAACAGCUCAACCAACAGCUAGAGGAACAGAUACGACUCUGUCUGGACCGCAAAGCCUCCAGCGCCGGUGCCUGGGGCCCGCUGAGGAAAGACUGGGAGGACAUCUACAGACAGGUUAGUGAGGCCAUCCUGGACAACGCCAGACUCAUGCUGCAGACGGAGAACGUCCAAGCCAACGCCGAGGACUUUAAAGACAGGUAUGAGAACGAGCAGCCGUUCAGGAAGGCGGUGGAGGAAGAAAUCAGUUCUCUGUACAAAGUGAUCGAAGAUGCCAACCUGACCAAAGCCGACCUGGAGGACCAGAUGGAGAGCAUGAGGGCUGAGCUCCGAGACCUGGAACGAAACCACGAAGAGGAUGUCAGAGUCCUCUACCAGCAGAUGGCGGGUCGGGAGGUGGACGAACCAGACGCUCCCAUUCAGACCAGUCUGGACCAGAUCCUGGCCUACAUCAGAACCCACUGGGAGAAGGUCAUUGAGAGGAACCGCGCUGAAACAGACAACUACCUGGAAUACAAGCAGGCCGAGUGUGUCAGCGGGAAGCUGAGCCGUGAGGAAGAGGAGCUGGAGUCGCUGAAGACAGAAUGCAACGACGCCGGCUGUAAAAUCCAAAGUCUGCAGGCCGAAACCGAAUCCAUCAGAGCUCUGAAACGUGGGCUGGAGAACUCGCUGAGUGACGCCAAACACUGGCACGACAUCGAGCUGCAGAAUCUGGGCUCCGUCAUCGGGAAGCUGGAGGCCGAGCUGUCCGACGUCCGCAGCGACAUCGAGCAGCAGCGACGAGACUACGAAACACUGCUGAGCAACAAGCUGCGGCUGGAGCAGGAGAUCGGGACGUACCACGGCAUACUAGACGGGGAGGAGAGCCGCUACAGCCCAAACCAAGUCAUGUGCCCAGCCAACAUCUCGGAGGCCGAGGGGACUUUAUAUGAGGCUGAGUUGAACACCAACAUCAGUAAGACGUCUCUGGCUGCAGAAGGACAUGGUCAGUGA